UCAGUGUUGACAAAAGUCGUCAUGUGACCAACAGGAAGAUGGCGCAUCGUACGCUACAAUGCAGCUUCCUCUCUAUUUGCGGCACGUCGGACGUAUAUGUUGCCACCUAGCCACUAAUUGGCGUCUCAUUCUCGCACCUUCGUGGAUCAACUGUUGACGAACUGAUUUUUUUAAUGAGAAGAUUUUGAAAUAUACCUGUGCUAUACUCGAAAUCCAGCUGCAAUAACACAUUUCAGGAGACCGGGAGGCGCGUGCGUGCGCGUGUGUGCACUAGGUGGACACGGAGACCGGAGACACGCCGGGACAUCAUAAUAAAAAGCAGAGACAUUUGAUGCUCCUUCAUCCCCCGCCACCAUCAUCACUGCGCACACCGACGUCAGGAUUCCAGUGGAGACAUGUAGAAUGAACACCAUCACCGUCCUCUUCUUCUUCCUCUCUGUUUUUCAGCAACCAUCAUCUCCUGCUGUCGACAUAAUGUGGCAAAAAUAACCAAAUAUGUGGAUCCCUACAGAAGAGGAGAAAAUCGGAGUUGUUAUCUGUAACUUCCGAUCACCGAUAUGUCAGGCCCUAGUCCUGGAGAUUGGGGAGACAGUACAGAUCCUGGAGAAGAGCGAAGGUUGGUACAGAGGCUUUUCCACCAAGAAGCCUUUGAUCAAGGGUAUUUUCCCAGUCAGCUAUGUUCACUUGAAGAAAUCCACAGUGACCAACAGAGGGCUGUGUGAGACUGUGGUGCCCCUUGAGGACCCCAUUAUCACAGAGACCACUUCAACACUGCAGGAGUGGGGUGUCUUGUGGAAGCAGCUCUACGUGAAACACAAGGUUGACCUAUUUCAUAAGCUACGCCAUGUGAUGAAUGAGCUCAUCGACCUGCGUCGGCAGCUGAUCCAGGGUCACCUCGCCCAAGAGCAGACCCGUGAGAUCAAGCGACACAUCACUGUACGCCUCGACUGGGGCAAUGAGCACCUUGGCAUCGACCUGGUCCCCAGAAAGGAGUUUGAAAUGGUGGACCCAGACCAGAUCAGCGUAUCAGAGCUUUACAAACUGCAUGUAUCCAGCAGACACUGUGGUCAGCAAAACACAAACCAGGCUGACAGCGUGAAACAGCGCCAUGGUGACAGUUGCCGUGUCCCAGUGUCACACCACCUCUUCAUCAAUCUGAAGAGCUUCACUUACAACAGCAUCAGUGAGGACGCAGACGUCUUCUUCUCCCUCUAUGACACUCGAGAGGCCAAACAGAUCAGUGAAAAGUUCAUGGUGAAACUCAACAAAAAUGGCGGACCAAAGAAUCCAGAGAAGGUUGAUCGUCUUUGUGCACUCUUCACGGACCUAAGCAGUAAAGACUUGAAGAGAGACCUCUACAUUGUUGCACAUGUCAUGAGAACUGGUCGCAUGCUGCUGAAUGACUCCAAAAAAGGCCCACCGCACGUGCAGUACCGGCGGCCGUACGGCUGCGCAGUUCUGGCCAUGAGUGACGUUUUCCACACCAUCACAGACCUCAAAGAGGAGAAGGACUUUGUGCUAAAAGUGUAUACAUGUAACAAUGAGAACGAAUGGUACCAGGUUCAUGAAAACAUAAUUCGCAAGUCCAACACCAAAUAUUCUGCUCCCAGCACCAAUUAUGGCCUCAUCAUUUCCCUGCAGCUGUUGAGGGGCGAGCUGGAGCAGAUCAGACGGGAGAACCAGGCUGUGUUCAACCGAGCCCUGGCACUCACACGCAAACUAGGUUUUCCAGAUGUCAUCAUGCCAGGUGACACUCGCAAUGACUUGUACUUGACACUGGAACGAGGCGAGUUCGAGAGGGGUGGCAAGAGCGUCCAGAAGAACAUUGAAGUGACGCUCUAUGUCCUCUACGCCGACGGGGACACUCUCAAAGACUGCAUUAGUUUGGGCAGCGGAGAGCCAAACAUGACUGAAUAUCGCUCCUUCGUCCUUUACCACAACAACAGCCCUCGCUGGAGUGAGAUGGUCAAACUUCCCAUUCCAAUAGAUCGUUUCCGAGGUUCCCACCUGCGCUUUGAGUUCAGACAUUGUUCCACUAAAGACAAAGGGGAGAAAAAACUUUUUGGCUUUGCUUUCACUCCUCUAAUGAGAGAGGAUGGGACCACACUGUCGGACGAGAGCCAUGAGUUAUAUGUGUACAAGUGUGAUGAGAAUGCCACCUUCAGUAACCAGGGCCUGUACCUCAGCCUGCCCUGCUGCAAGGAGGACUUCAACAGUUGUCCCAAUAUACCAGCUAACCUGCCUUUCCAGCGAAGCUCUAAAGAAACCUUCUGGGUUUCCACCAUACUCUGCUCCACCAAACUCACACAAAAUGUGGACCUGUUGGCCCUUCUGAACUGGAAGACCCAUCCGGACAGGGUUCUGGACAUACUCGGUCGACUGCGUCAGAUCAGCGGAGAGGAGAUUGUCAAGUUCCUGCGAGAUGUCCUUGACGCACUCUUCUGUCUCUUAGAUGACAACACUGACAAAUAUGGGCCGCUGGUUUUCCAGUCUUUGGUAUUUAUUAUUAACUUGCUCAGGGACAGCCGAUUCUACCACUUCCGUCCUGUAAUGGACUCUUACAUCCAAAACCACUUUGCUGGAGCAUUGGCAUACAAGGAGCUUAUUCGAUGCCUCAAGUGGUACAUGGACCGCUCGGCUGAGGUCGUCCGUCAAGACCACAUCCAGGAAGCCAUGCGGGCUCUGGAAUACCUGUUCAAGUUCAUUGUCCAGUCCCGUAUACUGUACUCACGGGCUACCUGUGGGAUGGAAGAGGAACAAUUCCGUGCGAGCAUCCAAGAGCUCUUUCAGUCCAUCCGCUUUGUGCUAAGCCUGGACAGUCGCAGCUCAGAGAACCUGGUGUUCACACAGGCGGCACUGUUGAACAGCUUCCCCGAUAUCUUUGACGAGCUACUGCAGAUGUUCACAGUUCAAGAGGUGGCCGAAUAUGUCCGCGGCACCCUUGGAAGCAUGCCCAGCACUGUUGACAUUGGCCAGUCGAUGGAUGUUGUCAAACUGCAGUCGAUUGCGCGGACUGUUGAAAGCCGCCUUUUCUUUUUCCCUGAGUCUCGAAGUAUUUUGCUUCCUGUUGUCCUGCAUCACAUUCACCUGCACUUACGCCAGCAGAGGGAGCUGCUCAUCUGUUCUGGGAUCCUUGGCAGCAUCUUUUCAAUCAUCAAGACCAGUUCUAUGGAGUCAUCUGUUCAGGAGGAGGUGGAGAUGAUGGUGGAGAGCCUUUUGGAUGUGUUGCUGCAGACCUUGCUUUCUAUUAUGAGCAAGUCCCACUCUGUGGAAACAUCCAGAGGACAACGCUGCCCUCAGUGCACUGCAGAGAUAACGGGAGAGUAUGUGUCCUGUCUCCUGUCUCUACUCCGACAGAUGACGGAGAUCCACUUUCACCAUCUACUCAACAACUUCCAUAGCAAGGAGGAGUUGAAAGAAUUCCUGCUGAAGAUCUUCUGUGUAUUCCGAAACCUGAUGAAACUGACCAUUUUCCCCCGAGAUUGGAGUGUCAUGAGACUUCUAACCAGUCACAUCAUCGUUGUGACAACGCAGCUUCUUGCUCCGGCACUGCACAAGAACUUUUCCGAGGCGGAUUUUGAUUUCAAGGUAUGGAACUCCUUCUUCAGCCUAACCGUGCUGUACAUCAACCAGCCCAGUCUGCAGCUGGAGGCGCUCGGUCCUGCCAAGAGAAAGAAAGUUCUUGACAAGUACGGAGAUAUGAGAGUCCUGAUGGCGUAUGAGCUGUUUAGCAUGUGGCAAAAAUUAGGUGACAACAAGCCCCACUUCAUCCCAGGAAUGAUAGGUCCCUUUCUGGGAGUCACCCUGGUCCCUCAGACUGAAGUUCGAAACAUAAUGAUUCCAAUUUUCCAUGAUAUGAUGGACUGGGAGCAGAGGAAAAACGGAAACUUCAAACAGGUGGAAGCGGAGCUGAUGGAUAAGCUGGACAGCAUGGUGUCGGAUGGGAAAGGCGAUGAUAAUCACAGGGAGCUCUUCAGCCUUUUGACACAGUUGUUUGGCCCUUACCCAAGCCUGCUGGAGAAGAUAGAGCAGGAAACCUGGAGAGAAACGGGCAUCUCAUUUGUAACAUCAGUCACAAGACUUGUUGAACGGUUGCUGGACUACAGGGAUUGCAUGAAAGGAGAUGAAGUAGAGAACAAGAAGAUGGGCGGCUCUGUCAACCUUAUGAACUUCUAUAAAUCGGAGGUAAACAAGGAGGACAUGUACAUCCGCUACAUCCAUAAGCUGUGCGACCUGCAUCUACAAGCUGAAGACUUCACAGAGGCAGCAUUCACCCUGUUACUGUACUGGGAGCUUCUCCAGUGGGAGGACCGGCCUCUAAGGGAUUUUCUCCACUAUCCCUGCCAGAGCGAGUGGCAACGCAAGGAGAACCUGAGUCGCAAAAUCCUCCACUACUUCAACAAGGGCAAGUGUUGGGAAUACGGCAUCUCCCUCUGCCGGGAGCUAGCUUUCCAGUAUGAGACGUUGUAUGAUUACCAGAGCCUCAGCUGGAUACGGAAAAUGGAGGCGGCGUACUAUGACAACAUUAUUGAGCAGCAGAGGAUCGAACCUGAGUUUUUCCGAAUGGGCUUCUAUGGCAGGAAGUUUCCCUUCUUCCUCAGGAACAAAGAGUUUGUGUGCCGUGGCUAUGACUACGAACGACUCGAGGACUUCCAGCAAAGGAUGCUGGGAGAAUUUCCGCAAGCUAUUGCCAUGCAGCAUCCAAACCAACCCGAUGACACCAUCCUGCAGAGUGAUGCUCAGUACUUGCAGAUCUAUGCGGUGACUCCAGUGUCAGACAUCUCAGAUGUGCCUCAACUGGAGCGUGUGCCCGAGAGGAUCAAGAGCUUCUACCGCAUAAACAAUGUCAGCCGCUUCCACUAUGACAGGCCUUUCCACAAGGGCCCCAAGGACCGCGAGAAUGAGUUCAGGAGCCUGUGGAUUGAGAGAACCACCCUGAUCCUCUCCCGCCCCCUCCCAGGAAUCUCCCGCUGGGCUGAGGUGGAAAGGAGAGAAGUGGUGGAGGUGAGCCCUCUUGAAAAUGCCAUUUAUGUGGUGGAGAACAAAACCCAGGAGUUGCGGACUUUGAUUAGCCAGUACCAACAUAGACAGCACCACGGCAACAUCAACCCGCUCAGCAUGUGCCUCAAUGGGGUCAUAGACGCUGCAGUGAACGGAGGCAUCGCCAGAUACCAAGAGGCGUUUUUCGAUAAGGACUACAUCAGCAGUCACCCGGAGGACACAGAGAGGAUCACGCACCUCAAGGAUCUGAUGCAGGAGCAGGUGCACAUUCUUGGAGUGGGUCUAGCUGUUCAUGAGAAGCUGGUCCACCCGGAGAUGCGACCCCUCCACAAAAAGCUGGUGGACCAGUUCCACAUGAUGAGGACAGGCUUACACCACUAUAUCUUUGGGGCUCAGCAGGGUAUGCCCGGCACAGAGCGAUUUGGCCCUGCUGGCUGCUCUUCGGUCAACUCUCCCAGAGGAAUCCUUUCCUCUCACAGCCACAUGAGUCCUGAGAGUUUGCGGCUCAUACACCGUCACAGCCCUCUGAACCUGCAGGGUUCAAUUCGUCACUCGUCCUCCUCAUUGUCCUCCCACACGUCGAGCGAGGCGGGAAACCUUGCCAUAAUGACUGACGGAAUAAUGGGGGAGCACCCCGAGGAGGCCAUACACAUGCAGCCGAGCCCCUCUUCCUCCAGCCUGAGCUCUAUACGUUCCAACUCCUCCCAAGUUAUUAACUCAGCUCCGUCGAGUGCCAGAGGUUCUCCAUCAUUGCCCGACAAGGCCAAACACAACAGGGAAGUGAUGAUACUUCUGCCGACUCACCGUGAGAGGGCCAACAACUCCAUAUACUACAGCAUGGCUGAAAAUGGACAGAACAACCACAUGCAGCGUGCCUUACUGCAGCAAGUCAGCCCCUGCAAGCCGUGUGCCGAUCCUCACAUGUCUCUGCCAGAGAAAGUGUUUCCCAACGCUCCCAGCAGCUGGAGCUUGGAUGGAGAAAACAGGGAACAGGUGUCCUACAUGCCAACUUCUGCUGGAGGGGUAAUUAUGCCCCCUGUCCCUCCCAGAUCCUUCCCACCAGGGCACUUCCUGAUGCACUGUGAUGCGUUUAACCACCAGAACAGCGACCCACCACCUGCCCUGCCUGUCCGCUCACUUCGAAAGUCUCCCCUCCACCCGAUUCCUGGCUCCCCAACCAGUCCUCAGUCAGCUCUGGGGGGUAGUAACUCCACCCUGUCAGGCAGUGCCAGCAGCGGUGUUUCCUCCCUGAGCGAGAGUAACUUCGGUGGCCAGUAUCCGGAUCCCGGCCCCAUCAGGAAUGACGCCUUGGAGCCUCUUCCCAGCCACCUGUGGUCACCCCCGGAGGAGUACCUGUCCUCUCCCUACCUGCACAUUCACUACGGCACACCAGAAAUUGACUCCGUCGACACAGUCCGCCCCUUCCAUUACCGCAGCCCCGCCUCGCACCCACACUCACACCCGCAUCCUCACACUCACGCUCACCCCGGGCUGGAGAGCCACUCCCAUGGGCCAGCGCCACACCACUACCCAGCCGCCCACGGGCCUCAUCACAUUCCCUUUCGCAGGCCUCAGCCCCCGGCCGUGCCGCCUAAACCCUACCUGAGGGAGGGCUGCAUCCCGGAAGAGGAUCUACAGCCUCAGCCCAUCCCGCUGCCCCGCAGGAUCUUCCACUCCCCCCAUGGCCAUCGGGAUGAGCAGGCCAAGCAUGCCUGGGAGCAGUGCAUCAGCGAGGAGCACGAGGAGGCGCAGUGAUCACAAAUCUCUAGAUUCUUUUUCCCGUUAUCUGCACUGAGUUGAACUAGCAGAAGGAGUCUGGCGACGAGCUUCCUCUCUGUUUUUGAAUUCAGUGCACAUGAGGGCGAGAAAAGGCAUUGCUCCCUGUGGCCUCUCACAUGUCAUUUAAAAAAGAAUAUUUGCUGUUGACGAAGAGGACAGAAAAAAGAUACUGAUUGUACACGGCUGUACAACUUGUCUGUGAGCAUGUUUUCCAUUUGAGAAUAAUACGACAAAGGUGUUGUGAAGUACAGCCACCACGAUCACUCCUGUGAAGGAUAAACUUAGCACGCAGCGUCGGGGGGGGUCGUUAUUCUCUGCUUGAAACGCUUCACAUACAGGAAUUCUGAUUUUGAUAAAUUUGCUACAUGGUAGUGUUUUCGAAGGCUUCUCGUCAUUUUGUUUUUUCCAAACACUGUUAAGUGCUCCUUAAUAGUGACUCACGUCAAACGCCGCACGCCCUUGUACGUGUUGCGGCCGGACACUCAGCAGGUCGUGAAGGUUGGAACUGCAUCUCAAGGGACUAACUGUUCUCCAUCCAUACCGUGUGUAUGGAAACCUACGUGAAUGUAUUCAGAAGAUCUAUUUGUACAGCAAACCUCAAUUUACAGACCUGUUUUUGUUGUUCAAGUGCUUUAAUUUGAGUCUUAUCUGAGGACCUAAAGAAGAUAAGUGGAGAGGAAAGGCAGGCUGACAGGCUGUCUGGAAUGAAUCACUCCCAAAGCUGUCAUGUGACAUGUUCGUCAUGAAUGAAGAAUGGAGUGACUCUCCACUUUACACCUCAGCUACUCUCGCUCUCUUUCUUUCUCCGUCCGUUUGUCAGACCAUUUAAGCAGUGAGGGCUAAACCUGGACGCUGACACAUCCAAGCCCCCGACUCACUGAGUGAGUGUUGGAAUCGCCUACUUGCCUUAAGUGCAAUCUCAUACAGUUUGACCUCUCAUCCGGACUCUAAGCACUCCUUUUCGUUCACUCCGUGAAGGAAAAAUAUACUGGCUUUGUGAUGUUUUUUUUUUUUUGUAGCGUUGAUAUUUUUUCUCCUACUUGCGGCUCCUCUCUUCUCAUUCUCGGCCUGUUUGUGUGAAAACGAAUCAUAUGUUUCAGACUGAAGGCCCAACAGACAGUUGUUUAUUGCAAUGUUAUAAUAUUACACUUUUUAUUUCCUCGGUGUUAUAUUGGACAGGUGGAGGCUUCGUGUUACUGUACAUCACAUUUCCAGCUGACUAGACAACAUCUAUUUUUGUAUGUGAGAUCAUGCGUGGUGUGAGCUUAUCACAAAGGGCCCUCGUACUGCACGUGUUGCUGUACUUUGUAUGGAAAUUAGCCUGAGGUUAGAUUAAAAACACCAUGUGAGUAUCCACUCUGGAUGUGACGGCACUGAGGAAUGAGGUGGUACUCACAACGAUUUGAAUUUUUCAAUGUAAAUUCUGUUACUGUACAUACAGCUGUAUUGUGAGAUAUUUUUGAGAAUUAUUGCAGACACCCCGGAAAGAUUUAUUGUUGUUUUAGUGUAUAUACAGUACAUGUACUCCAGAGAUCAAUGUAAUUGAUAAAUAUCUAUAAUCAGUGUUUGAAAAAGGAAGAAUUCAUUAGACCGUGGCUGUCUCCAGCGUUCUUAACCAUGAGUCUCAUAUAAAUACUUUAUACACUUUUCAAUGUGCUUUCCUGUACAUAUGGUGUUAGCAUGAUCGGACAGUGUUUGGUUGUAAAAGUGGUUUUCCUACUCCCAUAAAUGCUGUGGUAUGGAAUUCAUUAACAAUACCAAACAAUAAAGACAAUCUUUUAUCAG